UUUCCCACAUAAAACGUAAUUUCCUUCGUUAUAAAUAUAAAUAAUAGAGUUAGGUUUUUGGUUUUGCUCUCAUAACAUAACCUUUAAGUUUAAAAUGUCCGAUAAACAAAAAACCUUGAUAUGCGGAGACGUAAAUGGAAACUUCAAUUCUUUGUUUUCCCGCGUCGAGACUAUCAAUAAGAAAUCUGGUCCUUUUGAUGUUCUUCUGUGCGUUGGUAACUUCUUCGGCGAUGAUAACUCGCAGCUGGAUGCUUAUAGGAUGGGCACGAGGAAAGUGCCAGUUCCUACAUAUGUAUUUGGGCCAUCCAACAGUGACCAUGUCAAAUACUAUAAUUGUGCCGAAGGAGAGGAUAUUGUCCCCAAUGUUACUUACAUGGGCAAACGAGGUAUAUACACCACAAGUGCAGGUGUUAAAAUAGCGUAUCUUACUGGCCUCUCGCGCCGAGAACUUGGCAAGGAUAUACCGAUGGUCACAUUUGAGCCAAGCGACUGCAGUGCAGUGAGGGAUUCGUGCUUCAGAGGCCAGAGCGAGUUCAGAGGAGUCGACAUGUUGAUUACUACGCUUUGGCCUUCUGGGAUACAAGAGGAUGAAUGUCAAAAAGUAGAGGUAGAGAAAGAAAGACUUUCAGAUCUGAUAGCAUGGCUGGCUAUACACAUAAAACCAAGGUACCAUUUUGUACCUUCUACAAGCAAAUUUUUUGAAAGGCAGCCUUACAGAAAUCAAAGUCAUCAUCAAGACUACAAAGAAUGCGCAACGCGUUUCAUAGCGUUAGCUCCUGUUGGUAAUAAAGAUAAAGAGAAAUGGAUCUACGCCUGCUCUCUCCAACCAAUCUCGAAGAUGCGAAUGACAGAAUUGCUGCAAAGCACUACGGAUGAAACUGCGUGCCCUUAUGAUCCUAAUUUGUUGAAGCAACAUCAACCUGGGAAAGUUGUUACGGUUACGGGCAAUGGUCAAUUCUUCUUCAACAUGGACGCGAACGACGACGACGGACAGCAUGGAAAGAGAAAACGAAAAGGUGGAGAAGAAUCUGAGAAGAAAAAGAAAGGCAUUGAUCUUGAUCAAUGCUGGUUCUGCCUGUCAUCGCCCAGUGUAGAAAAGCAUCUCGUCAUAUCGGUUGGCACUCACUGCUAUCUGGCGUUGCCUAAGGGUCCUCUCACACCGUACCAUGUGCUGAUACUGCCUAUUGCUCAUCAUCAGGCUAUUACGAGGGCGCCAGAUGAAGUAGUGAUAGAAAUAAAAAGGUUCAAAGAGGCGUUGAAGAGCUUCUACAGUCCAAUGAAUAAGGUGGCUGUGUUUUUCGAGAGGAACUACAGAUCGGCACACAUGCAGAUCCAGUGCGUGCCUGUUCCCAAACAGUGCAGCGAGCAGAUCCUUGAGGUUUUUCAGGAUGAAGCGGGCAUAAACAGCCUCGAGUUGGAAGUGCUUCCCCCGUACACGGACAUCAUGCAGGUGACGUUCGCCGGCUCGCCGUAUUUCCACGCGGAGUUGCCCACUGGCGAACAAAUUUACAUCAAGACAAAACAAUAUUUUCCUUUGCAGUUUGGCAGGGAUGUGUUAUCAAGUCCUCCGAUACUAAAUUGUGAAGACAAAGCGGAUUGGCGCCAAUGCCUUCUCAGUAGAGAGGAGGAAGAUCAGCAUGUGGCUAAGUUCAGACGGAAGUUCAGGCCGUUUGAUUUUACUGCCGACGAAAACAGCGACAGCGAUUGAGUAUGUGCAUGCGUGAAGUGCUGUGUAUGAAUCAAACGAGAUACAUUUUAUGUACUUUAUGUUAAGAGUAAUGGAUUUAGGUAUUAUCAGUUUUGUUAGGCAUAUUUACUGACUAAAAUAGAGAAAGGUAUGUUGAGGUGGUUUGGGCAUGUAGAGUGAAUGGAUGUAAGAAGAAUUACCAAACAGAUUGAAUGGAAGGGUUUUAAUAGGACGUCCCAGAAGGACUUAACAUUGACUAGAUCAGUGAUGUCCUCAAAAAGGCUGGGAUCCGAAGUGACAAGAAUGAAAGUAGUUGUAUGAAAAGGGUAGUUGAUGUAUGCGAGGCUCUAGAGUAGUGUCAGUCGUUCUGUACUCUCUGCCUACCCCUCCUGUGGGACUAGGGCGUGAGCUUAUGUAUGUAUAUUUUUUGUCCACUUUCAAUUCGACAGUAUUUUGAACUUUUAAAAUUGAUUACCAAACAAAUUAUGUAAAAUGUCCAUGGCAAGAAACCAAACAAACAGGCUUCUUUUGCUUAUUGGUGGUGCUUUUGUAAAAUUGCACCAUUUCAGUUUUGUAAAAAUAAUUUUAAAUAUGGCGGUCGACCCCAAUGUCAGUUGACAUCCUUCCGCACCUGAGUAUGGGUUACCUAAUUGAUUAAUUUCUUGAUAUAGACAUUUCAUUGCGUCCAUAAAUUAAAAAGAGUCCAUUACCAACGGGGUAAAAAAGAAAAUAUUGUCUGUGGUGGUAAUAAUAUUUAUUUAUAAGUUUGUCUGUUUUUAUGGCGGCGCCCAACGAUCUUAUACACAAGAUAUGUUACAUUCUAGUAAUCUGCGUUUGAAAUCUGUCUCGCAGCUUACAGAAACUGCACAAAUGUUUACAAAUUUGCGGUAAUAAGUAGUACAAAAGAUAAAUAAUAAGUAAAAUGAAUAAGUAAAAGAGGCAGCCGUCUUUUAAAGGUUGCGUCAAGUGCAUUUGCCGGGACAUAGAUUAUGAUUUUGUCGAACAGAAUGAACAUUUACACAAAAGUAGGUACUCUCUUUAGAACAAUGCUAUUUUAAGGUUAUUUUUUAAUAAUAAAUUAACAGAAAAAUAAUUAAAAUAUAGCAAUAAUGUAAAUAUUUUUGCUACCUGACUCAGAGUACGAGAUUCCUGGUAGUGUAGUUAUCAAAUAUACAACGACGGCAUUUUGUUUAUCUGAAUAAAAUGACACACUCACAAAUUUCACGUUCGACCCUUUCCUCGACUCGAGAGUAACUGCAAGAAGAUCCCAAUUAGGACAUUUUCGAGUUUUCACGACGCGGAUGCUCGUAACAUAUUUACCUUUUUUAAAACACGUAUAACAUCAUUGGCGGUACCACAGUUUGUUAACAUUGUGUAAGUAACAUUAAACAAUAAUAGUCUAAUCUCUGAAGGGUAACAAACCCUAUUUUGAGGUUGUACUCUUAUUGUUAUAUAUUAGUAUAAUUUCAUGUCACUGUAGUUUAAUAAAUGUAGGUAAAUGAAAUAAUAACAAAUAGACAAUUUCAAGUAAAUGAUUUUUUAUUUUUGUUCACAUCAUACUGUUCUAGUAAUCCAUUUUGUUUGCAUUGUAAAAACAUAUCUUUAACAACAUGGUUAACUAAUUCUUAUAUUUACGUGUAUCUGUGUAUAACAAAACCUUUAAAAUGAUAUGGUACAUUGACUAGAAAAUUUUAAACUAGAUUCAACAUCCAAGUUAAUUUCAAUCAUUGACGUCGAUUCUGUUCACGUUUGUAAACUGGAAAAUUAUUUAACGGAACUAAACUCAAACAGGGAUUGUAAAUUUUGUACUUACGGGUAA